AUGCACACACACACGCGCGCGCAAACGCACAUUUUCAAACCAGGCACUUACAACGACACAACCGACGUAGCCAUAAAAACGCUCAUACCAGAGAAAUCCAACAAAGAAAAAUUUUUAGAGGAGGCAAAAUUCCUCCAAAAAAUGAAUCACAAAAACAUGGUACAAAUAAUGGGUGUCUGCAGCGAGGGCGAACCCGUAUUUAUUAUCAUGGAGUUUGUCGAAUUAGGCUCCCUACGGAACUACCUACACAACGAUAGGGGCAAAACUAUUAAGUUCAAAACUCUUCUCGAUAUUGCUGCCCAGAUAGCUUCGGGUAUGACUUACAUUGAGCAGAACAACUUCAUUCACCGCGAUCUCAGGUCAGUAAACUGUCUCGUCGGCAGAAACAAAGCAAUCAAAAUCGCUGAUUUCGGGUUGGCUAAAAUUCAGGAAAUUUACAAUGCUAAUGCUGAGACGCCAUUCCCCGUAAGAUGGACUCCUCCAGAAGCCAUUGAGUUUCAAAGGUUCAGCAUAAAAUCGGAUGUCUGGUCGUACGGUGUGGUACUGUUUGAACUUGUUACAUAUGGAGAAUCGCCGUACGAGCGGGAAGCUUUUCUAAAUGACGGAAAGAGAUUGAGCAAUCCGUCAGUGAAAUUCACAAAACAGCACAAAAAAUACUAUUGUCCGGAUAGCAUGUACAAAAAGAUGCUGGACUGCUGGAACAAAAAUCCGGAUAAACGUCCGACGUUCGUUAAGUUGUCUGAAUUCUUUGAAAGUUUUUACGAGUCAUGUGAGGAAGAUGAUUAA